AUGACCGGUGAUCGAGGACGACACGGCCUGAUCCUCGCCAUAAAUGCAGGCUCCUCGUCGUUGAAGAUAUCGCUGUUUCGUAAAGUUAAUCACCCGAGCGAGUACGGCAAGCCUAACGAUUGGGUGGACCUCCUUCUUGUAUCUAGCAUCACGAACAUCUCGUCGCCUCCCACAAAGUUUACGUUCCUCCUCGUUUCACACUCCCAAGGCCGCGAGGCCAAGAAGGAACCUAUCGACAAUGUACAUGACCACGCGUCGGCAUUUGCGCAUUUCCUAGACUACCUGAAGAAAGAGAGUGCAAUUGACCGUUCAGCAGUGGUGCAUGUGUGUCAUCGUGUCGUGCACGGCGGUGACUACUUCGAACCUGUCAUCAUCGACUCCGAUAGCUACCACCACAUCGAGAAGCUAUCGGACCUUGCACCCCUACACAACGGUGCCGCGUUGUCGGUCAUGAAGGCCUGCAUCGAAGCACUUCCAGAUGCAAGCUCGAUUGCGUAUUUUGAUACCUCCUUCCACCGUUCAAUCCCCCUCCACAUCGCGAGCUAUGCAAUCAACCCAGAAGUCGCACAGAAGCGCGGACUCAAGAAGUACGGGUUCCACGGGCUCAGCUACGCAUAUAUCCUGGGUGCCACUGCACACCACCUCCAGCGCCCCGCGUCCGCGCUCAACCUCAUAGUCAUGCAUCUCGGCUCCGGCGCCUCUGUCUGCGCAAUCCGCAACGGCACAUCGCUCGACACGUCCAUGGGGCUCACGCCGGUGUCUGGCCUGCCGGGUGCGACGCGUUGCGGGGUGAUCGACCCGUCGCUCGUGUUCCACUACACGAACCGCGCGGGGCGCAUCACGCAUGACCCGAGCGCGGCGAUCGACGUGCGCGUCACGCAGGCAGAAGAUAUCCUCAACAAGCAGAGCGGGUGGUGCGCGCUCACAGGGACCGCGGACUUCAGCGAGAUCGUGCGCCGCAUGCGCGACUCGGCCGGUGGGCAGGAGCUGCGGGACUGGCAGGGCGAGGGCAAGUGGCGUCUCGCGUUCGAGCUGUUCGUGGACCGGAUCGCGGGCUUCGUGGGCCAGUACUACGUCCGGCUGGGCGGACGGGUGGACGCGCUCGUGUUCUCGGGCGGGAUCGGCGAGAAGAGCGUGGAACUGCGAGAGGCGGUCGUGCAGAGCGUGGGGUGCCUCGGGUUCGAGGUGGACCCGCAUGCAAACUCGCAUGUCACUGGUCAGGGUGGGGUCGUGAUCGACCUUGAGAUGGCGAAGGAAUGUGCUCAGACAGACGAGUUCUGGAAGUGA